AUGAAUGAAACAACAGAAAUUAUUGGGUCAUUAUUAUUUACAUCAAUGGGUCAUGAAAGAUUAAGUGAAAAUAUUAAGAGUUUAAGUAAAGAAACUACAUGGUGGAGAAAUAGAACAGCAAUUAUUAGUAUUACACCAGAGCAAAGAGGAAAAGUAAUUGAGAUUGGAAUUAGAGAACCAACAGAGUCAUGGAGGUUUUUAAUAAGACCAUUGGAAAUUAAAGAAAGAGAAGAAAUAGAAAUAAACCAACCUAAAAGAAGACUGAAGAAGAAUAUAAUGAAUUUAAAGAAGAAAAUAGUACAGAGGAGAGUAUUUUAUAAAAAUGUUAAUGAAAAAAAAAAAAAGAAUUAG